GUUUUGGUUAGUUCGUGAACAAUUAAUUUGCACGACAAAAAGAAGUUACAAAUAGUAAAAUUUUACCAAAAUUUCCGUGUACAAAUGAAAAGUAAACCAUAAAAAUCCAUUGUGAAAAAUUGUGGGGUGGUGGGAGCAAAACGGAUACUCAAUAGUAAAAGAGCGUAAGCCAGCGUGAGCGAGCGAGAGAGCGAGUGAGUGAGCGAACGAGUAAGCGAGCGUGUGUGUGUGUGCAGUGGAAGGAGCAUGACAUGUAUUUGAUGUGUACUCAGCAGCGGCCGAAGAGAGCGCAUUAAACAAGAACAAAACACAAACGCACGCACACACACACACAAAUAACUAAGAGCUGUGAGCUAGCUUAGUGUUGUUGUUGUUGUGGGGGAGUCGGAGUCGGUUACGAAAAAUACACACGUUUUACGAUAGCAACACCAAAACCAACUCACACACACACAUACACAUUCAUAUACAUAAAUCCAUAUACAGCAAGAAGAUACUUUGCGAAAAAGCAAAGCAAAGAAGUAAAAAGUAGCUCGCACUCGAAGGAAGUCGACACAGAAAAGAGCCAAUAAAAUGAACCCAGCAGUGGAUGUGUCUGCGGUGACACCGCGCGAGAAGCUCAAGUACCAGGAGCAGUUUAAGGCACUGCAACCGCAGGGCGGCUUUGUAACCGGAGCCCAGGCGAAAGGAUUCUUUCUGCAAUCGCAGUUGCCGCCACUGGUCUUGGGCCAAAUAUGGGCACUGGCUGACACGGAUUCCGAUGGUAAAAUGAAUAUUAACGAGUUUAGCAUAGCAUGCAAGCUAAUCAAUCUGAAGCUGCGCGGCUUGGAAGUGCCCAAAACACUGCCGCCCACAUUACUCAGCUCGCUGACGGAUUCAGCGACGCCCACGAUGACGCCACGUGGCUCAACCAGUUCGAUGAGUCCAAUAGAUCCACUUAAAAACAUUGUGGCUGCUGUGCCGGCAGCACCUAUGGUCGCACCUGUUGUCGCUGCACCAAUUCCAAUUGCAGCGCCAAUUGUGGUACCGGUGCCCGUUGCUGCCGCUGUGCCCGCCGCUGCGAUUGUGUCGCCACCGCAAAGCAAUCCACCUAGUCGUCAUAUGUCCAUUUCAGAGCGUGCGCCCUCCAUUGAGUCGCCCCAAGGAGCAGAGUGGGCGGUGCAGGCGGCACAGAAACGAAAAUAUACGCAGGUCUUCAAUGCCAAUGAUCGUACGCGCUCUGGAUACUUGACGGGUGCACAGGCACGCAGCGUGCUCGUCCAGAGCAAGUUGCCGCAGGUGACCCUGGCACAGAUCUGGACGCUGGCCGAUGUUGAUGGCGACGGGCGGCUGAGCUGCGAUGAGUUCAUUUUGGCAAUGUUCCUUUGCGAGAAGGCCAUGGCCGGGGAAAAGAUACCCGUCAGUCUGCCACUCGAUUGGGUGCCUCCAAGUUUGCGCAAGAUCAAGUCACGACCGGGCUCCGUUUCGGGCGUGAGCUCACGUCCCGGCUCGCAGCCCGCCUCGCGACACACCUCGGUGUCAUCCCAAGGUGGCGUCAUGUCCGAUGCGGAUCCCUUAGCGGGCUUACCUCAGACUUCCUUUGAGGACAAGCGCAAGGAGAACUACGAGAAGGGCAAGGUGGAACUUGAUCGCAGGCGCAAGCUAAUCGAGGAUCAGCAGCGCAAGGAGCGAGAGGAGCGCGAGCGCAAGGAACGCGAGGAAGCGGACAAGCGAGAGAAGGCGCGCCUCGAAACCGAGCGAAAGCAGAAGGAGGAAUUGGAGAGACAGUUGCAGCGUCAGCGUGAAAUCGAACAGGAAAAAGAGGAGCAGCGUCAACGUGAACUGGAGGCCAAAGAGGUGGCCAGAAAGGAACUAGAGAAGCAGCGCCAGCAGGAAUGGGAACAGGCACGCAUUGCCGAAAUGAAUGCACAGAAGCAGCGGGAACAGGAGCGCGUGCUCAAGCAGAAGGCACACAAUACUCAACUGAAUGUGGAGCUCAGCACGCUUAACGAGAAGAUCAAGGAUCUAUCGCAGAAGAUAUGUGACACACGAGCCGGAGUGACCAAUGUGAAAUCCGUUAUCGAUGGCAUGCGCACUCAGCGCGACACUUCGAUGAGCGAAAUGGCUCAGCUGAAGGCGCGCAUCAAGGAGCAGAACGCCAAGCUGCUGCAGCUCACCCAGGAGCGCGGCAAGUGGGACUCGAAGACCAAAGCAAACAGUGGAGUUGCUGGCGAUGCCGCACAGCAGGAGCAGCUAACUGCAGCGUUUGCCCACAAGCAGCUACUCAUCAAGCAAAUCAUGGACAAGGUGGAGAACAUAAAGAAGGAAAUCGAAUGCAAGAAGGAGGAUCUCAACUCAAACGAUGAGAGCGUGAAGGAGCUGAAAGCUGAACUUUCGGCGCUGAUCAACAAAUGCGAGGAUCUGUACAAGGAGUACGACAUGCAGCGAACUGCGGUCCUGGAAUUGAAAUACAAUCGCAAGAAUGAGGCAGCCGCAACUAGGACCACAUCCGCUUGGGAGACGAGCAGCUCCGCCUGGGGCAGCACUGUAGACAGUGUGCCAGCAGGUGAAGGAGCUGCCGAUGCCUAUGGCGACUAUGGAUUGAGUAAUGACACAGCCGCUGCUGCUGGUGCUGCGGUGACAGCGCCUGUCGAUCUCAGCGGACCGGCGCCCGAAGGUUUCGUCAAAUAUCGUGCUGUGUAUGAGUUCAAUGCCCGCAAUGCGGAGGAGAUUACAUUUGUGCCAGGCGACAUGAUCCUUGUGCCCUUAGAACAGAAUGCGGAACCCGGCUGGUUGGCUGGCGAGAUUAACGGCCACACAGGCUGGUUCCCCGAGUCCUAUGUGGAGAAGCUGGAGGACGAACCAACGGCGGUGGCAGCUGUACCCCAACCAGAGGCCGUCUCCGAUAGCUUCUUGGACAAUAAUGCCAAGGCGGCACAGUCGCCGGUUGCAGCUUCCGUCGAUGCUACAACUGCUGCUGCUGCUGGUGGCGAUGUCGAAUACUAUAUAGCCGCAUAUCCUUAUGAAUCUGCCGAGGAUGGUGACCUUAGCUUCGGUGCCGGCGAAAUGGUCAUGGUCAUCAAAAAGGAGGGUGAAUGGUGGACGGGCACCAUUGGCAAUCGCACUGGCAUGUUCCCAUCGAACUAUGUGCAAAAGGCGGAUGUGGGAACAUCCGUCGUCGCCAAUCCUGCUGCGAACGCCAUUGAGCCCGAGACGGCAGAACAGGAGGUCACUCUCAAUGGCAGCACUGCGUAUGCUGCUCAACCAGAGGCCCAAUUACAGCCGGAGCAGGUGCAGCAGGUGCCGUCAGAGUCAGAGCCAAAGGCACAGCCCGUUGAGCUGGAGGAGUCGCACGAAGAUCUCGACACUGAAGUAUCGCAGAUAAAUACACAGUCCAAGACACAGAGCACAGAACCGGCCGAAAGCUACAGCCGGCCAAUGUCACGAACUUCUUCCAUGACACCCGGAAUGCGUGCGAAGCGUUCAGAGAUUGCACAAGUUAUUGCCCCGUAUGAGGCGACCAGCGCCGAGCAGUUGUCGCUGACACGCGGUCAAUUGAUCAUGAUACGUAAGAAGACCGACUCCGGCUGGUGGGAGGGCGAGCUGCAGGCCAAGGGCAGGCGCCGUCAAAUUGGUUGGUUCCCCGCCACGUAUGUGAAGGUGCUCCAAGGUGGACGCAACAGCGGUCGCAAUACACCCGUAUCCGGCAGUCGCAUUGAAAUGACCGAACAGAUUUUGGACAAAGUGAUUGCUCUUUAUCCGUACAAAGCACAAAACGAUGAUGAGCUAUCGUUCGAGAAGGACGACAUCAUUAGCGUCCUUGGACGCGACGAGCCGGAAUGGUGGCGCGGCGAACUAAGUGGCCUCUCCGGACUGUUUCCCAGCAACUAUGUGGGUCCAUUCGUAACGUCCGGAAAUGUAUAACGAGCCAUCGGUUUUGGUCUCUAAACGGCGACAGGAUAACGCCUCACACAACUACCAGGAGACUUGAGUGUCGUCUCUUAGUUUAUCAAGUUCAUCAGCAGCAGUACACAAGAAAAAUUACCCAAAAAUGUAGUCGAAAUUUAGCGAGAAAUUUGAAUAUUAGUUUUUUUUUCCUAUGCUUGUCUGAGAGUAAAUAAUUAGCUGGCCACAAUCAGAAAGCAGCCAUCCAUCCUAACAGAAACCAUAAAUCUUAUGAGUUUUAAUAGCUUUUUGGAAGUUUCCUAAGAAAUUGUAUUAUGCGUAUCUCACAUUUAGUAAUCUUUUAAAGUACAGAUGAUUGCUGUAUGCUAUGAAUUCAAUCGUAAAUAGAUAUUAUCUUUGAAGUUUUUAUUUGGAAAGCUAGAUUUCAUAUAACAUGAAUAAUAUUCCGGAAGCUACAAGAUGUGGGAUUCCCGCCGUUGAGGCAUCUUUCUAAAUAUGUUCUCUUUUCCAUAGAAUCAAACGUGCAAUUUUAAAGCUCUUAUAAUUGUAAUCAAUCAAAUUACCAUUGCAAUACAAAUCGCAAUCGAAAUCAAGUUACAUACAACAAAAUAUUGAACAGUAUAUUCACAUACAUAAAUAUAUAUGUAUACACUAGAUAAUAUGCAUAUAUAAAAUGAGCAAAAAAAGAAGAAAAAGAAAAACAAAA